AUGACACCAAACAUGAUGCCAUCCCUGCAAAAAUCAUCGGCACCUUCCUCUGCAUACCUCGCAGUAGAAGAGAGCACAAAAAUGGCGCCUCUGAAAGCAAAACCCACAGCAAGGGAGCAGACCCACGCGGCCCCAGCCACAGACCGCCACCUCCUCAAGCACGAACAAGGCGUCUACACUCAAACACACCACCAAGCUUUGGCCCAACAAGAGACCCACAGACCUGACCAGCAGUUCCAGAGGAGGCGGCCCAGAGCAAUACACCCUCUUGCAUGCCGAGGGCUGGAAGUAUCCCUCGCCCUGUUGCGCUACAGUAGAAACAAGCGGCCUACGGCACCCACCUGCUACCACCCUCCCAUCCCUGGGCAUCGGUUGAACUGUGCUACUCAUGGACUGCACUCGCACACUACAGGUAUACAGAGCGGCGCGGUCAAUGCGGAAUGA